GGCAGGUUCUAGAUGUGCUGGAGAAAUAUAAUCUGAAUGAUAAAACUCUUGUAUACUUUACGUCUGACCAAGGGGCUCAUGUUGAAGAAAUCUCCAGUUCUGGUGAAGUCCAUGGAGGAUACAACGGCAUAUAUAAAGGUGGAAAAUCAAUGAACUGGGAAGGAGGUAUUCGUGUGCCAGGGCUUCUGCGUUGGCCUGGAGUGAUAAAGGCUGGUGCCUAUAUUGAUGAGCCAACAAGUAACAUGGAUAUAUUUCCUACCGUAGUCAAACUUGCUGAGGCACAGUUACCCUCUGACAGAAUUAUUGAUGGACAUGAUCUGAUGCCCCUACUUCAAGGAAAAGUUAACAGAUCCAAGCAUGAAUUCCUCUUCCAUUACUGUAAUGCAUAUUUAAAUGCAGUGCGCUGGCAUCCAGGAAACAGUGAAUCUGUCUGGAAAGUCUUCUUCUUCACUCCAAACUUCAGUCCUGAAGACUCCAAUGGUUGCUACGAUUCUCACGUUUGCUUCUGCCAUGGAGGAUUUGUCACACGACAUGAUCCCCCGCUGCUCUUCGAUCUCUCCAGAGACCCUGAAGAGAAAGUCCCACUGACUCCAGAGACAGAGAGCCGUUUCUACAAAAUCCUCAGGGUCAUACACCUGGCAGUCGACAACCACACCAGAUCCCUGCAUGCUGUCCCUGACCAGUUGUCGUGGGACAACCUUCUCUGGAAGCCGUGGCUCCAGCUGUGCUGCUCAUCUCUCUUGCAGUCGUGCUACUGUGACUAUGACUCGGAAGGGAGCCUGCUGGAGGUGCAUUCGGGAUGA